UUUAUGUCUAUUUCCACCAAUCAUUUUUCGGUCAUUGACACAUUUACCUUAUUUAAUGUUUGCAACAUUUUAUUCAGUAACAUGAUAAUUACAUGUUACUAUCGAUUGUUCUACGAAUAAGUUUAGUACAAGCAUUCACAGAUGGUAGUGUUUGAAUUCUUUGUAUACUGAGCAAGCGCAAAACAACGACGGUUUGAUAUAAUCGCAGGAAGCGAUUCAGUCAAACGAUAAUUUUUGCACCGUGAACAUCAAUGAAUGUCAACGAAGAUUUAAAUUACAUGUUUGCCAUGGUUCGCCGCUUGCUACGAAUAUGUGACAUAUGGCCCGAUCCACAUAUACCUUUGAGUAACAUUCGCCGGCCGAGCAUAAGAUUUAUUAUCGUACUAUCUACUAUAAGCUUGUACUUAACGACACCACAAAUGAUAAAUGUGAUACGUUCUUGGGGCAAUCUGACUCUAAUGGUACAACAUUUUGUCUCUGCGAUCUUUAGCAUACUGGCAGUGUUCAAAUUGCUCGUUACCUGGUACCACGGCAAAACAUUACAACCGCUAAUACUGUCGAUCGUAACUGAUUGGAUAACUACGACCAGCAAGUGGGAACGAAAUACAAUGCUGAGGAUCGCAAGACGUGGCAGAAACUUAUCCUUUAGAUGUUUUGUGUCUGCGAUAGGCUUAAUUAUAUUUUCAUUUUCCUUUUAUGUGCUGAAAUUCUUGAAAACUAUACACGAGCCUCAUCGUAGCCUCGCCUAUCGAAUGGAAAACAUUCAAAAGACUCCGAUUUACGAAAUCACAUUUAUCGCCCAAAUAUUCGCCGGCCUAUAUACGGUACUCGCUAACUAUACCAUCGAUAGCUUUGUAUCGAUACUCGUGCUGCACGUGUGCUCGCAAUUGAUAAAUCUGCGGAUGACACUUAAUAAUUUGGUCAACGAAUUAGCUAAUAAAUCUAUAUCUUCCUCAAAAUUUAGGGAAGGUUUAACUGCGAUCGUUGAACGACAUGAGCAUCUCAUCAGGAACGCAAAAACAAUUGAUAGUUGCUAUAGUUCAGUAUUAUUUCUAAACGUGUUACUCGCUACUCUUCAGAUGUGUUUUAUAACUUUUCAAAUUUUUACGAUAAUAACAGAUAAUAUAAAAAUACCUCUUAUAAGAAUGUUUUUGCUCUCGUUUUAUAUCACUGUUAUGAUGACGCAUUUGUUUAUAUAUUGCUACUCAGCUGAUAAACUUAUAGCGGAGAGCACCAAAAUGGCGUACGGUGUGUUUGAAUGCAGAUGGUAUGAUCUACGGCCAAAAGAUGCAAAAGAUCUAAUGUUCAUUGUGUUUCGAUCUACGAUACCCCUUAAAUUGACAGCUGGAAAAUUCGGAACAUUUUCGAUGGAAAUGUUUGCAGCAGCCAUCAAAACGGCAAUGGGAUACUUAUCUGCUUUGUUAACAAUAAGAGAUUAAAGAAAAUGAUACUAGAAAGCUAAUAACUGAUUUCACAUAUUAAUUACAAUAUUUUUGAACAAUAGAAUGGAUUUAUAUACACUUUGUGACACUUUUAAAUUAGAAAAAUACACGCAGCAUGUUAAAUGAUCA